UGCACAGUCCUAUGCCCAAAUGUAUAAUUCAGGAGCUUGAGGAGAGCAGACCAAAUUAUUGGCGACUCCUGCAUGAAGUGACCAUUAGGCAAUGGCCAAGAUAUUUAUGAUGAUCAGGAGGUAACAGCGAAUAUUAAUAUCUCUGCGAAUGAAGAGCCUCGCAUCCCCCACAUUUGUCGCUGCAGCCGCGAAGUCUAUCUCAACUAUUCUUUAGUUCUAUCGGCUUGCAAUUGGACGGCUGUUGCUCACGGUGCAUAUUUGCAUCGUUGCAGCCCUGCAAGCUCAAGCUAUGUUGACUUCCAUUGCUGGCCUGUCAUGCUUCAUCGGAUCUAUAUCCCUCCGGCUGUCGUUGCUGUUCUCCAUGCAUCGCGGCAUACUGGCUCAAGAUGGUGAAAAUUGUGUGCAAUACCAAUAUAACGUCGUAUUAGAUGUCAAGUUUCUGCGUCCCUCUCCGAAGUGCGACUCAUUCCUGGGCGUUCCAAACUUUUGGAAGACAAUGAAAGCUUGGACAGCUGCAGAACCAGCUUGUGAACCACUGCCAGCCUGCGAAGUUGUCUGUGCGGAGCGUACUGCUGAUCUGAUCUACAGCAUUGCUAGGACCACAGCAGAUGCUUGCAUACACAUCUUGAACGCAAACAAUUCCGCAUCCUGGGAUAUCCUCUUCCGACACCCGAAAAGUCCCCUGACCGAGGCGGAUGCGAACAGUCAAGUGUGUAUAUGUAAACUCGGGAUGGCGGUGCAGCGAGUGAUAACACGACAUCCGCUUCAGUCAGAUUCUGCGAGCACCUCUGCAAACAGACCCAGUCCUUCGGCUCCUGUCUUAAACAAUGACUAUUGUGAACCGUUCCGAAUAGUUGCCCGACACGUCAGUUCCGACAGGGUGCUCCAACAGCAGUCAUGGUACCCCAAGCCUGCCUACACAGCUGUUCUCACAAAUCCAGAGUACAAGUCGCAGGAUAACGGUUGGGACAAGUCUCUACCUGAUAUGUACCGCCGGGUCGAUUGCGAUGCAGAAUUUCAAGAUAUCUUCGCCGACAUAGGCUACAAUACACUGCCUAGGGGUCUUGAUCCAUCUCAAUCGAGCAACUGCACCAUCAAAUAUCACGUUGGAAACAAAUCACAUCCAGGCCAUAACGUUCUUUGCUGCAAAGGAGAAUACAUGGCCCCGAUCAUGAAGCGAAUUGAGCUCUUGCAUAUAUCUGAUUUACGCAACAAACGUCAUGAGAAUAUUUACAUCAAAGCGUGUAUGUCGCUUCCGCUGCCUAACGAUAUGCUAGACUUGAUUGCGGAGAAACUCGCUUCGGGUUCACAGCUGGAGUGGAAGCUCUCUCAAAUGAGAUUCAUGUAGCUCGAGAAGCAGAAAUUGUGGUAUCGCGGAUGACGGGCUCGAUACUGCUACCCCAAGCUCGUUGCCAAGAAUGUCAGCUCCCAAAAGCCGAGAGAUCUAUGGGGAGAAUGGAAGGCCAAAACGAAUCAGAAUCACCUUGUUAGUCGAUAGGGCGAUUUGAUGUGAGCUUCUCGCUGCAGUACCAUUCUCAUAUGCAUAGCUAUAGGCAUACAAAGAUGCAAGCUUCCUCUGCCUAUGCGACC